CGAGAUGGCGGGGCGUGGAGGUGCGCGUGUGUGUACGAUUAGCUGGUUGGAGUAGGUAUGCAGUUGCGCAACGACCGGUCAGUCACCUGGGUACCGUAACCCAUAAAUGGCGGGAAGGGAAGAGAUCCAAGGCCGGCAAACCGCGGCCUACCUAACCUCAGUUACCUACCUACGAGCGGGCGCCCAGGCAGGCAGGGGCGGUUGGCCGUUGGACUGAUUGCCCCGCCGGGCUAGGUGAUCACCCUCUCCUGCCCCGGCGCCGCGGUCCUCGUGUAGGGAGGUGUGCCCUGCAUGCAGCGCAGCGCAAGGAUAUCCCGUCGGCGUCGCAGCGUCGCGACUUCGACCGCGCGUGGGCCACCAUGCCGCCGCCCUCGCAUCGCAUCGCAUCGCAGAUGGGGUACGUGCUUGCUGGUGCUGCUGGUGCGCGACAGAUAGACAGACAGGCCGGACACGCACCCACGACGACGAAGGACCCCUUGCUUCCUGACCGGUGCAUGCAGUGGACGAGGCGCGCGUGGCUUGCAGCUGUGGUGCGCAUAUCGCGCGCGUCAGCCGUCUGUCACGGGUCUCUCUCUUUCGCAAUCGCGGCUCGGCUGGGGGUGUGUGCGGGGGCCGCUUCCCCGACGCCGCUUCUGCUGCUCUGGUGCCCGAUACGACGACAGACACGCGCGCUGACGUCUCUCUCGCUCCGCCGCCGCACGCACGCCCGCCUGACGAUAUGCAGCACAUGCAGGCGGGCCAUCCCGACGACAACGGCGACGACUUGGGACGCGCCUUCACCGCCUCGCUCGCUCCCGCUCAACGGCGUGCUUGCGUUCCUUCUGCACGCCGGCCCAGCAUCUGGCGCCGUGCUGAAAAACGGUGCGUACCUAGGUAGGCCGUGCCGUUUCUGCUUGCUUGCCUGUCCUGCGACCAAGUCUGUCUUCGGCAGCCCCUCGCGCCUCGCGCCUCGCUCGCUCGCUCGCUCCCUCAGUUUCCCUGGUCCUGGACCGCGGGCAGACGCAGGCGACCAGGGGCGGACGCGCGCACAUCUCGCUCCGCGCAGCAACCAGCGCCUCGCCGCCCGCAUCCCUGGCGUGCCGUUUCAAUAGGCCCCGGCAGCCCUGCCGAUAUUUGGCUCGCGGCGGGGGCGGACGAUACGCGAGGGCGUUAGGUGUUGUACCAGGGGUGGUGAUGGUGGGAGGCGGG